AUGGAACGUGCCUUAGUUGAAAACUAUAUUUUUGGAAAAUUCGACACAUUCUGUAAACGUUUGGAGAAGAUUUCAGAUAUGAGCAAUAUUAUGGAAAGCCUACUAGAGCUCCAGUGCAUAAAAAUAGAAGGAAUUGAAGAGAUCAAUACUCACUUCCAGACCAUUGCUACAAAUACCAAAUCAAAAGAGUAUGAUGUUCUGGAUCACAGAAAAAAAGAGUUUGAUAAAGAUUACCUUGAGUUUAAGAACCAAAUUGCAACACUGUAUGAGUCCAUACAAGAAUUUGUGGAUUCCUGUUUCGAGAAGACUGUAACUACUGAACAGAUGCUGAGACUUCUGAUGAAGCUUGAACAAAUAGGAGAAAAUCAAAUUGAUCUUAAUGAGAAGUAUACCGUUGUCCUUCAGCAAUACAGUCAAGACUUAGACUUUGUGCAAAAACUCUACCAGGAGCAAAAAGAAAAUCCACCUAUACCACGUAAUAUACCACCAGUAACAGGGAAGAUUAUGUGGGCCCAGCAGUUGUACAGAAAAAUUGACCAUCCAAUGAGAUUCUUUAAAAAGAAAACUACACUUCUGAAGACAUUGGAAAUGAAAAAGGUUGCUAAGAACUACAAUAAAAUGGCUGCGGUUCUUUUGGAAUUUGAACUUAUUUAUUAUAGAGCCUGGUGCAGGUUUGCUGACCAGGCUAGAAAUGCUCUGCAUGCUUUCUUACUUGUCAGGCACCCAGAAACCAAAGUAAUUAUUGAGAAUGUCUAUAGUACCAUGAGGGAAUUGGACUUUAUAGUCAAAGAAGCUGCUGAUACCCUGGAGUGCAGAAUUGAAAGAGUUCUGGAGGAUAUGUCAAACACUGCUCUGAUAAUUUUACCAGAAGAUGAACCUAUAGAUGUAUCUACAUUCUUGGAACAGACAGAAAAUCUUGCUGUCUCUACUGCUCGCAAACUUUCUCAGUAUCAGAUGAUCAGGUCUGUAGAAACAAAGAGAAUUCCUUUGUUCAAAACUGAUUUUCAGCUGGCUAUUCCUAAUGUUGUCUUGCGACCAAGUCUCGAAGAUAUUCAGGCUGAACAAUCUGUUGCCAUAGAGCUAGGUGAUGAGAAUAAAUUCACCAGGAUGUUGGCACUGAAACCUUUAGACAAGCAGAUCGUCGAGCAUAAGGAUGUAAACAAAGUGGUGAUUCAACUAAGUACAGUUAUUUUGUCUCUCAAAGCUAGAGCAUCGGAUCUUCUGAACAGCUUUUCUGAAUUUUCAGGCAUCUGGAAUAAGGAUCCAGAGGAAAAAGUGAAGGAAUUCAUAGAGACUAUCCCAACAGUGGCUGAAUUCCAGACUCAAAUUGGAUACUUUUCUCAAUUAGAACUGCAAAUCAGAGACCUGCCAAAUCACUUUGUUCUGGAAUCAGUGGAUAUUGCGACAGAGUCAUUGAAAAUAGCCCUUAUUCAGGAGUGCCACUCAAGACAAAGAACAUUUGGAUUAGCUUUGAAUGAAAGAUCUGCCGCAGACAUGGAUGAAAUUUAUUCAUUCAUUGAAAAUCUUAGCAAGAAAUUAAGCAGGCCUAUCCGUGACCUUGAUGAUGUACGGGGAGCAAUGGAAGCACUAAAGGAAAUUCGAGAGAAUGAAGUUAAAAUUGACAUGACAGUUGGACCUAUCGAAGAAUCUUAUUCUGUGCUUCAGAGAUACAAUCUGCUUUUUCAGGAUGGAAACAUGGAAAGAGUUGAUGGAUUGGCUUAUGCUUGGAAGAACCUAAACACACUGGCACUGCAGGUUGAGAAUUUGCUACUGAAGUUACAGCCAAUCAUGAAAACAGAUUUGCUGAGAGGUGUUCAGAGAUUCCAGGCUGAUACUACAGAAUUUUGCAAAGACUAUAAUGAAAAAGGCCCCAGUGAAGAAAAUGUUCCUCCCCAUGAAGCAAGUGAGAGAUUACAGCUCUUUCAAGCUAGAUUUGAUGAACUGUGGACAAAGUAUAUCUCUCUUUCUGGUGGGGAAGAAUUAUUUGGUCUUCCUGUUACAGAGUAUCCUGAACUGCACAAAAUUAAACGUGAGCUUUCAUUGCUUCAGAAACUUUACAGUCUUUAUAAUUCAGUUAUUGCUAGCAUCAACGGAUACAAUGAAAUGCUUUGGAGUGAUUUGAAUAUUGAAAAAAUUAACAACGAACUUCUGGAUUUUCAAAACAAAAUUCGUAAGUUACCAAAAGCUCUGAAGGAAUGGCAAGCAUUUCGAGACCUAAAGAAGAAAAUUGAUGAUUUCACAGAGAGCUGUCCUCUGCUUGAAAUGAUGGCAAACAAGGCAAUGAUGUCUCGACACUGGGAAAGAAUUGCACAAGUAACUGGACAUCACUUUGAAGUUGACUCUGAAAAUUUCUCUUUGAAAAACAUAACGGAUGCCUCCUUAUUAAAACAUAAAGAAGAUAUUGAGGAUAUCUGCAUCAGCGCUGUUAAAGAAAAGGAUAUUGAAGCAAAAUUAAAGCAUGUUAUCAGUGAAUGGAGUACCCAUGCUUUCAGUUUUGGCCAAUUCAAAACACGAGGAGAACUCCUUCUGAAAGGAUCAGAUACAUUAGAGAAAAUAGCUUUGGUGGAAGACAGCCUCAUGAUAUUGGGUUCACUCAUGAGCAACAGGUAUAACACACCAUUUAAAUCCACUAUACAACACUGGGUCCAGAAGCUAGGCAAUACAGCAGAAAUAAUUGAAAACUGGAUUGCUGUACAAAACCUCUGGAUUUACCUUGAAGCUGUGUUUGUUGGUGGAGACAUUGCAAAACAACUACCUCAGGAAGCCAGAAGAUUUCAGAACAUUGAUAAAUCAUGGCAGAAAAUUAUGCAGAAAGCUCAUGAAACAUCAAACAUAAUACAGUGCUGUGUUGGAGAUGAGACUUUGGCACAGCUAUUACCACAUUUGCUGGAGCAAUUGGAAAUCUGUCAGAAAUCACUGACUGGUUACUUGGAGAAAAAGCGGUUAAAAUUUCCAAGAUUUUUUUUUGUGUCUGAUCCUGUUCUUCUGGAAAUCCUUGGUCAAGCAUCUGAUUCCCACACUAUUCAGGCACAUUUAUUAAGUUUGUUUGACAACGUUAACCGGGUUGGAUUUCAUGAAAAAAACUAUGACCAGAUUUUAUUGUUUGAAUCUCAAGAAGGAGAACGGGUCAAUAUUAUUGAACCAGUUAUAGCUCAGGGCAACGUGGAAAUCUGGUUGGGUCAGCUGCUGAAUGGGAUUCGGAAAACAAUCCACACUAUCAUUAGAGAGGCAUCACUGGCCAUUAGCGACUCAGGAUUUAAGCUGUAUGACUUUCAGGCAAUGUUUCCUGCACAGGUACGUAUGAACAUUAAAUCUCCAUCUGACUUUGAAUGGCAAAAGCAAUCUCGGUUUUAUUUUCUUGAAGACUUGGAUAAAUGUGUUAUCCAAAUCACGGAUGUAGAAUUCACCUACUGCAAUGAAUACUUAGGAUGUACAGACAGACUCGUUAUAACUCCUUUAACUGACAGAUGUUACAUCACUCUGGCACAGGCCCUAGGCAUGAGUAUGGGUGGUGCACCUGCAGGACCUGCAGGGACAGGGAAAACAGAGACAACUAAAGAUAUGGGCAAGUGCCUGGGAAAGUAUGUUGUUGUUUUCAAUUGUUCAGACCAAAUGGACUACAGGGGAUUGGGUCGUAUCUAUAAAGGUUUAGCCCAGUCUGGUGCAUGGGGUUGCUUUGAUGAAUUUAACCGAAUUGAACUUCCAGUUUUAUCAGUAGCUGCUCAGCAGAUAUAUAUUGUACUUCAGUGUAAGAAAAAUAAGAAACCUCAGUUCAUUUUCACUGAUGGUGAUGUUGUUGACAUGGACAGAGAAUUUGGCAUAUUUCUGACUAUGAACCCUGGCUACGCAGGACGACAAGAGCUUCCAGAAAAUCUGAAGAUUCAGUUUCGUACAGUUGCUAUGAUGGUGCCUGACCGUGGCAUUAUUAUGCGAGUCAAGCUGGCAAGUGCUGGUUUCCGAGACAACCAAAUCCUUAGUCGAAAAUUUUAUACACUCUACAAGCUCUGUGAAGAGCAGUUAUCUAAACAGGUUCACUAUGACUUUGGACUAAGAAAUAUCCUGUCUGUUUUAAGAACACUUGGAGCAGUGAAAAGAUCUAAUCCCAAAGAGCCAGAGAAAACUGUAGUGAUGAGAGUUCUGCGGGACAUGAACCUCUCCAAACUGGUGGAUGAAGACGAACCUUUAUUUAUGAGUCUCAUUAAUGACCUAUUCCCUGGAAUUACUCUGGAUAAAGCUGUGUAUCCUGAACUACAGUCAGCCAUUCAGAAACAGGCAGAAAAAGCAGGGCUUAUCCAUCAUCCACCAUGGAUUCUUAAACUCAUUCAGCUGUAUGAAACUCAACGAGUCCGACAUGGUAUGAUGACUCUAGGUCCAACUGGUGCAGGAAAGACCAAAUGCAUUAAUAUUUUGAUGAAAGCAAUGACAGAUUGUGGUGCUCCUCAUAAAGAGAUGAGAAUGAACCCAAAGGCAAUCACAGCUUCCCAGAUGUUUGGUACCCUUGAUGUUGCCACAAAUGAUUGGACAGAUGGCAUUUUCUCUACAUUAUGGAGAAAAACUUUAAAAGCAAAGAAGGGUGAGCAUAUUUGGAUAGUUUUGGAUGGGCCUGUUGAUGCGAUAUGGAUUGAAAACCUGAACUCUGUUCUGGAUGAUAAUAAGACCCUGACUUUGGCCAAUGGAGAUCGUAUUCCAAUGUCCCCCAGUUGCAAAAUUAUUUUUGAACCUCACAACAUUGACAAUGCUUCCCCGGCAACAGUUUCUCGUAAUGGCAUGGUCUUCAUGAGUUCUUCAGUGUUAGAUUGGAAGCCUAUUUUAAUGGCUUGGCUGCAAACACUGCCUGCUACAUACUCUGAUGUUCUUUGGAAUUGCUUUAGUGCUGUAUUUCAGGGUUUAUUGUCAGAUCGAGAUGAAAAGCAGCUCAGUGAGGAACAUAUUGCUCGCCUGUUCAUUUUUGCUGUAAUGUGGUCAAUUGGAGCUCUUUUGGAACCAGAUGACAGGUUGAAAAUGGAGCUGUUCCUACGAAAGCAUUCUGCAGUGAAAGAACUUCCACCUGUGAAUGGAGUAGAAACCAUGUUUGAAUUUGGCAUUAGUACCAGUGGCCAGUGGGAACACUGGUCAAAGAAGGUCCCUGAAUAUAUUUACCCUAUAGAUUCAGUACCAGAAUAUACUUCCAUUCUAGUUCCAAAUGUAGACAGUGUUCGAACAGACUUUCUAAUGUACACUAUCAUGAAGCAAGGAAAAGCUGUUCUACUAAUUGGGGAACAGGGAACAGGAAAAACAGUUAUGAUUAAGGAUUACAUGAGCAAGUAUGAUCCUGAUGUUCACUUGUCCAAGCGUCUAAACUUUUCUUCUGCAACUCUACCAAAUAUGUUCCAAAGGAGCAUAGAAAGUUACGUAGAUAAAAGAAUGGGUACCACUUAUGGUCCUCCAGCAGGGAAGAAAAUGACUGUCUUUAUUGAUGACAUCAACAUGCCUGUGAUUAAUGAAUGGGGUGAUCAGGUAAAAGGAAACUGCUGA